AUGUCUACCUACACAUUCACAUGUACGACGUUGGACAUGUGUCCCAUAGUAGUGUCUCGAUACAUUGCUCGUAGUAGUCGUUUGCAAAUGGCAAUGGUCAUGCCCGCUGGUCCCCAAGAAGUCAUCCUCACCGGUACCUUUGACGACUGGUCCAAGUCGUUGUACCUUGUCAAACAAGCCGACGGCUCUUUCGAAUUGACUGUUCCUUUGCCAAAAACCUCGGAAAAGCUCUUGUACAAGUACGUUGUUGACGGCGACUGGGUUGUUCUGAAGACCCAGAAAAUCUCCAAGGACGACAGUGGUAACGAAAACAACGUCUUGGAAGCUGCCGACUUGGUCGCUGUUUCAUCCCUUGCUGGCACCAAGAUCCCCGAAGCUGGUGGUUUGGUUUCAAAGAGCGUCGCUCCAGCUGCUGAAGGCGAACUUAAGACCACUGUCUUGCCUUCUACUGAGGGCCAACAGACAACUUUGAGCGGAGAGCCAGGCAUCCACAUUCCAAAAGAUGCCGACGCCUUGGCUGCCUUCAACGAAGUCAGAGAUGUGGAUCCAAAGACUUUGAACGAGCCCGAAUUGUCUGCUGAAGAAAAGAAGAAGCAGAAGAAGAAGGUCAAGAGAACCCAGUACAAGUUGAAGAAGAAGAAGAAGAAUGCCAACGGCUCUUCUGAAGAAGUCACCGACGAACAGUCUCCUGAACCAGAAGCUGAAUCCGAAGGUAUUUCUGCUUCUACUGCAGGAAUUGCUGCUGGCGCUGCUGCUGCUGUUGCUGGUGCCGCUGGCAUCGCUGGUGUCGCCGCUACUUCUGCUGAAAAGGAAGCUCCAAAGACUUUGGACCCUAAAGCUGAAGUUCCUGCUGUUAAGGACGUUGAAGCUGAAGUUCCAACUGUUAAGGAUAUCGAAGCUGAAGUUCCAGCUGUUAAGGACGUCGAAGCUGAAGUUCCAGCUGUUAAGGACGUCGAAGCUGCAGUUCCUGUAGAUGCUGUAGCCAACGGUGAAGCUGCCGUCGCCGAUGUAGAAAAGGAAGUCGAUGCAUCUCCCGUCAAGGCUGCUGCCAAAGACUACGAAGAUGAAAUCGUUGUAGCCACCGGAGAACACAAGGACAUUGCUGCUGCCAUUGCUGCCCAAGAAGGCGAUGUAACUGUAGAGGAAAUCCAGCCUUCAGCAUCGGAAAGAAUCAGAUUGACCGAAGAGGCCAAGAAGGCUCAAGGUGCUGCUGAAUCAGCUGCUAAGGCUGCUACCACUUCUGCUGAAUCUCCAGUUAAGGAAGCUGUUAAGGAAACCACUGCCGCUGCUAAAGACACUACUGCUGCCGCCAAGACUGCUGCCUCUGCCACUGCUGGUGCUGCCAAGGAUAAGACACAGAAGAAGAAGAAUGGUCUUGUCAGAUUCUUCAAGAAGGUCUUCUCUUAGGCUUUUAGAUGCUCACAAGAAUGCUCUUCAGAAAAACUUUGAGCAAGCCUCUUCAGGUAUCUAAAGAGUUCUCUUCUGGAACUACUUUUAAGCUUCUAGAACUUCUCACAAGUCUUCUAGAUCUUUCAUAAGAACUCAUGGUCAGCACUAAUAAACUUAGAUACAUUUGCAUCCAAGCGUUCUUCAGCUUAUCGGCCAUCCCUUUCUAUUUUGAUGUUUUAUUAUUGACUUUUUCUCUUUUUCUCAAGCACUUCCACGGGACAUUGUAGUUGAUUUAUGAUAUCUAAUUACCGAAUAUAUACCUGUUAAUUUUAUACAUUGAAUAAAUGCUAAUACUCU